AUGUGGGAGAUCAAUGGCUUUGAUAGCUUCGAAUUAAACAAAGGCUUGAAUAAGCUUCAUGAAGCGUACAUGGCCAACGUUCGAUUGAUCGAGCGCUCGUCGGAAGAAUGGGAAGAGUGGAUGGAUUGGGACCAAGUGUCCGAAAUCGGGCCUCAAGAGAAACAAAACUUGGCCCUCAAAUCGCCUAAUGACAAAAACCACCAUUCAUGCUCGGCCCACUCAGGCGUGGAAAGCGAUCGCUCGAGGAAACGCAAGUCAUCUAUAGGGAGCUGUGAAGUUUCUACGAGUCCCAAGAGGCAAAGCAUGGAGAAGGCAACUGCCCAAAACAAAAGUCAUAGCCUUGUCGAGAAACGAUACCGGAACAACCUGAAUCAAAGAAUCGCCGAAUUAGAGAUCCGACUUCCGAACCUCAGAGAUAACAGCCGGGCGAAAGCAUGGCCUGACGAGUCUCCACCUAUUCCCAAACACAACAAAGCAAUUGUUUUGACUGAGGCAAUAUCAUAUAUUGAUCAGCUCGAAAGGCAGAACAAGUACUUGCAACAAGAAAAUACAGCUUUACAGCUACAGAUGAAAGGCAGAGAUGCAAAGAGCACCUCCCAUCAAGAGGUAGCUGCAAUGAGCGAGACGCCACUAUCGAGAGGCGAAGAUGUUUCUACCGGGCAAGAUGUGGGUUUGAAGGUUGCGGCGCUGUCCGAACCCGUUCAAGGGCUAAUCAAGGUGCCUGAGGAAUGGAGAAGACUAUGGCGAGGCGAGCUCAAGCCUUAUUCGCCUAACGAGGGCCAAAAUAAUAAUGAGAAUGAAAGAGACAGCGCUGAAAACAAUCUUAGUCAAUCCAAAGGCGGAAGGAAUAUUCGUCGCUUGGUGGUUGGGUCCAUAGCUGGACUAACGCUAGUAAAUGGGCUUAAUGGCAGCAGAAAGGAUCAUUCUAACAUGAGAGGCUUGUUUGGUUUGCCAUUAAUCCACCGUAUGGCUCGACUUCCACGAAAUUUCUCGAGCGUGACAUCCUCACCGUUCCACCUGUCAUCUGGACUGGCGGGUGAUUGUAACCUUCUCCAAGUCUUCCUUAGGGCAGCUCUACUAUUUGCAGUGCUCGGGCUACUUCUUUUCAUCUAUCUCUUCACUUCAAGGCCACCGUCACGAAAGACGAGCACAACAUCAACUGAUGUAUCUGCAAUUUCUCCAGCAUCUCCACUGGAAGUCCGACAAAGAGCUUUUCUCACUGCAUUGCAAACCAUCUGGGUUCCUCGACACCAUGUUCUUCCAGAAAUGCUCGCGCUGAAUAUUGAGACUGCCGCGUACAUUAUCCGACAGCUGCUUGGCUGGCAAAUGUAUUCUUGGGCCACAGGUCGUAGUGAAGAAGAGGAAAUCGCAAGGGUCAGAGCUUGGGACAUUUGCAUUGAUGCACAGCUCUCUGGCGGAGACACAGAAGUCUCGAGGAGUAGGUUGGUGUUGUCUUUAUGGGCUUCCGGUACACUACCAAAAUCACCCGCAAGACUAAUGUUAAAAGCUUUGCAUAUAAGAAUCCUCUUCUGGCAGCCAUCAAGGUGGAAAUGGCUUACGGAUCUUCUUCAUUGCGCCGCAAGAAAGCUAGCUCAGUGGCAAUGGAGUAGGGCCCAGGCUUUACAGCAAAAGCUCGAUGAGGAUUGUCAAGCGGAGACCAGGAACGAGCCUCUUACGGAACAUUUGCGCGCUAUCCUUCCGCUAGCUAGCGAAGAUGUCCUGGACGAUGCAAUAGUCCAGCGAGCCCAUAACUUGGCUUGGAAUACAUCUACCUCACAACGAGACUGCGGCGAGAGCAUGACCGAGGACAACGUUAUGCGUGGUCCUUUGGAUGCACUGGCAUCUUGGUAUAGUAACUCGUUGCUCACAGAAAUACUCCGGUCAAUCGUACAGCAAGAACGCAACGAGGAGCUGAUUAAAGACACCCAGUACCAGCUGGAAUUGGCCGUCAUCUCGGCGCCCUCUGGGUCGCUUCCAAAAGCAAGGGCACUGGCCGCAGAAAGUGUCCUUGUUGAGGCUGAUCGUGAUGCUGCCCUAAAACAGUUGAAAGAGACGCUUUCACCAGCUGCCUGUUUUAAGAAAGGGUUCACUACCAGGCAAGGGCCCCAGAUAGACUCUCUUGUGAAGGAGGUCCCAUUUCCAGACGCCAACGAUAUCGCAUUAUGCGUAGAGCUCGCCACAAUGUUGGAGAAGCUACAAUUUCCUGAACACCCCAAUAUAGAUCUGUCGGAAACGGUUGAUCAAUUACUCAACCAUAAGACAGGCAUGCAGGCGAGAGGCCUGCUUGGCUGGACUACUCUCUCGCAAGCGAUUAUCCAAACUUACAAAGUUGGCUACGGGCACCAGCUACGGCCUCUUGUCGAACAAAGUGUCAAGCAAUUGAAAGAAUCUAAGGGUAUAGACCUGCAAAUCAGAAACCAUCUGAAUCUGGUGCUUACCGAAAUUGCUACCGGCGUCGCUCUUGAUGAGGUGAGUAGUAGACGUUAUAGUGGGACGUCUAAUGACACGUGA